GAGAGUCACAGAGCUGCUGCUGCUUCUGAUGAAGAUGAAGGUGUGGGUGCUGCUCCUCAUCCUUUCCUUGGUCCCCUGUGUUUCUGCUGAUGAUGCUCAUGGGAGCAACUCCAUCACCGGCUGUUCAGAUACUGAUGGAGAGAACGUUCUGAUCCUGGAUGAUGAGGCGGUCUGGUACGCCGACUUCAACAAACAGACAGGAGUCAAUGCUCUGCCUGCCUUUGUAGAUCCAAUAAGCAUUUCACCAGGUUUCUAUGAAGAUGCUGUGGCUGGUCAACAGAUCUGCAGACAAAACCUGAAGACGAUUCGUCAGGCUAUGAAGGACUUUCCCAAAGAACUCGAUCCUCCGUCGAGCAUGCUCAUCUACACAGUACUAAAUUUGGAGCUCGGAGUCCAAAACACUCUGAUCUGUCACGUGACUGGUUUCUAUCCUGCUCCUGUCAACAUCACCUGGACCAAAAAUGAGCAGAAGGUGACAGAAGGAGCGAACACCAGCGUUCCCUUCCCCAACAAAGAUGGUUCCUUCAAACAGACGUCCAGACUGGACUUCAUCCCAAAGCAGGGAGACGUCUACAGCUGCACCGUGGAACAUGUGGCCCUGAUGCAACCAAUGACCAAAUUCUAUGCUGUGGAGAACUCUGAUCUCAUUCUUGGACCUGCCAUGUUUUGUGGAGUGGGUCUGACUGUCGGUGUCCUCGGGGUGGCAGCAGGAAUCUUCUUACUCAUCAGAGGAACCGAGUGACACUGAAUGGCUGGGGCUGAUGUCUUAAUAAAUCUGAGGAGUUUGUAAUCUGAUUACACGGAACCUGCUGUUUUACCUCCGGUGCCAGCAGAAAGCAUCCUCAGAUAAACUGCUGUUCUUUAUAGAAUUUUUUUGCAUCCCAAUAUUUUAUAUGCUUUAUUACAUGUCAAACAUCUGGAAGAAACCCUGUCCUUAAAAACAGCAGCAGCAGGUCAGCAUGAUUGCAGACCUUCCAGUCCUCACUUAGACUGAUUAUUAACAGAGUUUUUGAUGACAGAGAACAGUGAUGUGAACCAGAAGGUUUUUUGUUUCAUUAAAGAUUUAUUGACAAAGA